UAUUGGGUCUUCAGGGUUUGGCUGGAAAUUCGCAGCAAUAAAUGUGCAAAUAUAAAAUAGAGAAAUGUCGCAACCGAGAGGCACUAGGGUUUCCCUUCAGCUCGAUUAGUCGUCUCUUCUGUGGUGCCUGCGCGUAAGGGUUCGUUUGAGGUUUCGGAUAGGAGACAGCGGUUUCGUGCAAGUUUGUGCGGAAUAGAAGCCAGCCGGAGGCCAUGUACAGGUCAAGGGGGGCAAUGAUGGGAAGCGGGGGGGUUACGGACGGGUACGAGGGCGCAAAGAGACAGAGAAUGAUGGAAUCCAAUCCCUACUUCGCAGUGAGCAGCGGAGGGGUGUCAGACAGCUACGACUUUGCUGCUGCCUCAAAGCGCCCUAGGAUGCUGGAAUCCAGCCCCUAUUUUGGCGGGCCUGGCGCUGGCUCAUUUUAUGCUUCAGCAUAUGGGAACUAUGGUGGUGGCCCCAGCAGAAGCAGCACCUACAGCUUCCCUGUGGUUCGUCUGCGUGGCCUGCCUUUCAACUGUGAUGAGCUUGAAGUACACAAAUUUUUUGCCGGGUUGGAUGUCGUGGAUUGCUUGCUGGUGCACAAGAACGGUCGCUUUUCAGGCGAGGCUUUUGUUGUUUUCUCUUCUCCAAUACAGGGAGAGUUUGCCCUCCAGCGAAAUCGGCAAAACAUGGGACGCAGAUAUAUUGAGGUCUUCCAGUCCAAGAAACAGGAAUAUUACCAUGCCAUAGCCGACGAGGUUAACAAUGGUGGCUCAUUUGAUGGCGAACAUCGGAGCGGCUCGCCAGCACCCCGUUUGAAGAAGACUUAUGAUGACAAGGAUCAGAUGGAUUAUACUGAGGUUCUCAAGCUUCGUGGGCUUCCCUACUCUGCAACGGAGACGGAUAUUCUCGACUUCUUUCGAGAUUAUGAGGUGAACGAGGGGAGUGUGCACAUUGUUCGCCGCCUUGAUGGGAAGGUUACUGGGGAAGCUUAUGUGGAGUUUGUGUCGGCGGAAGUUGCGAAGAAAGCAAUGUCAAAGGACAAAAUGACAAUUGGAUCGCGAUAUGUUGAACUUUUUCCAUCGACCCCAGAGGACGCAAGGAGGGCUGAGUCCAGGUUCAAGCAGUGAAGUCAUUGACAUAAGCAUUGUUAUGAUUAGAUUGUGCCUGUUUUUUUUUUUUUUUCUCUUGUUUCUUAGAUUUUUAUUCUGUUAGGGAGUUAAUCUGUUCUAUUGUGACUCUCUUCCUCAGGAUGAUUUAUCAUUAUAUUUUUCAUGUCUUUUGUCAAUGCUGGCUCUUUUCUAUCUUAAUUCUGGAUAUGCAUACCGAGUA